AUGGCGCCCACUCUCUCAUCUCGCGCGCCUUCCACAUGCGCAUUAUCUGCCUUAUCUUCAGCACUAUCCUCCCUUCGCCUGCAAUCUCUCCCAUCCGUCCGACACGCCUCACAUCAAGCUCAAGGUCGCGCAAAUGGAGCCAAAGACGGCCCAGGAAAACGACUGGGAGCGAAGAAGACGGGAGGAGAAUAUGUCGUCCCAGGCAACAUUCUCUACAAACAACGCGGGACCCUCUGGUUUCCCGGCGAGAAUUGCAUGAUGGGCCGCGACCACACAAUUCACGCCGCCGCUCCGGGCUACGUCCGCUACUACCGCGACCCCAACCUUCACCCCAAACGAAAAUACAUUGGCGUCGUCUUCAAAAAAGAACAUACCCUCCCCCAAGCCCCCAACGCCGUCCGACGCCGACAAUUGGGCAUGCUGGCCUAUCAAUCCAAAGACGUUGCAACUCCCGAAAUCCACUCCAUCGGCGACCUCACUCACGAAGAAGGAAGUGCGCCCGCCGCCAUCCCCAGCACGAAAAUUCGACAGAAAUCGAAUGAUGAUCGAGACGUCACCAUCCUACGAGGGAAAAAGGGAGAUACUCAUGAAGUCGUUCUGCACAUGAAAGGCAGGGGACAAUAUCGACAAGCAAAUUGGGAAAUUGGACGGGCCGCGGAAUUCAGUCAGAAGGCGAGGGAUGUGGAACCAUUUGUAAGAGGAGAUCGGUUCAUGGCGUGGAGGAAGGCGAGCAAGAGAAAGGCGGCGAAUGCCGAGAGGAGGAGUAUGGGCAGGGGUGGCAAAAAGGCCAAGGGUGGUGGAGGGAAGAAGUAA